AUGCUUUGGAGACUCCAAUGCAACCAAUGGCUACCUGUUGCCGAGAAGACUAUUUCUAAUAUCGAGGCUUCGGGCAACGAUAUGUUCGUGUUUGGCAUCAGCGAGGGUGACGUUGGUGUUUUUUACCCGAAGAAUAACAAUGCUUAUCGCAUAAUAGCUCAGGCGGAUCCUUCCAAGGAGUAUACUGGUGUCACCUUUGAUCAACACUCGAAUAUUCUAUAUGUUACCGAGAAGGCUACUGGGCAGAUUGCUCGGUUCACAGGUCACUACUACGGUUUCAACUAG